GGCCGGGCGGUACCGAGCCCUCCGGGGACCCCUGCGACCUGCGCUUCCCCGCGGCCCGGCACCCUCCACCCCGUCCCCGCUCGAGCCGCGGCGGCCGGAGCCGAGCAGCAGCCAUAGCCGGGGCACCCAUGGCGUACAGUCAAGGAGGCGGCAAGAAGAAAGUGUGCUAUUACUACGAUGGUGAUAUUGGAAACUACUAUUAUGGACAGGGACAUCCCAUGAAACCUCAUAGGAUCCGCAUGACUCAUAACUUGCUGUUAAAUUAUGGCUUAUACAGAAAAAUGGAAAUAUAUAGGCCCCACAAAGCCACAGCUGAAGAAAUGACAAAAUACCACAGUGAUGAGUACAUCAAGUUUCUGCGGUCCAUAAGACCAGACAACAUGUCGGAGUAUAGUAAGCAGAUGCAGAGAUUUAAUGUUGGAGAAGAUUGCCCCGUGUUUGAUGGACUCUUUGAGUUUUGUCAGCUCUCAACUGGUGGCUCAGUUGCUGGAGCUGUGAAGUUAAACCGACAGCAGACUGAUAUGGCUGUUAACUGGGCCGGAGGAUUACAUCAUGCCAAAAAGUCAGAAGCGUCAGGAUUCUGUUAUGUUAAUGACAUUGUGCUUGCCAUACUCGAAUUGCUAAAAUAUCAUCAGAGGGUCUUAUAUAUUGAUAUAGAUAUUCAUCAUGGGGACGGUGUGGAAGAAGCCUUUUAUACUACAGACCGUGUAAUGACAGUGUCCUUCCAUAAAUACGGGGAGUAUUUUCCUGGGACUGGAGACUUGAGGGACAUUGGUGCUGGAAAAGGCAAAUACUAUGCUGUCAAUUUUCCAAUGAGAGAUGGCAUAGAUGAUGAGUCUUACGGCCAGAUAUUUAAACCUAUCAUCUCAAAAGUAAUGGAGAUGUAUCAACCUAGUGCUGUAGUAUUGCAGUGUGGAGCCGACUCAUUAUCUGGCGACAGACUAGGAUGCUUCAAUUUAACAGUCAAAGGUCAUGCUAAAUGUGUAGAAGUUGUUAAGACUUUUAACCUGCCGUUACUGAUGCUUGGGGGAGGAGGGUACACCAUCCGCAAUGUGGCUCGCUGCUGGACCUAUGAGACUGCGGUUGCUUUGGACUGUGAGAUCCCUAACGAAUUGCCAUAUAAUGAUUACUUUGAGUAUUUUGGGCCAGACUUCAAGCUGCAUAUUAGCCCUUCCAACAUGACUAACCAGAAUACUCCGGAGUAUAUGGAAAAGAUAAAACAGCGUUUAUUUGAGAAUCUGCGCAUGUUACCUCAUGCGCCUGGUGUCCAGAUGCAGGCUAUUCCAGAGGAUGCGGUCCAUGAAGACAGCGGCGAAGAAGACGGAGAAGAUCCAGACAAGAGAAUUUCUAUCCGAGCAUCAGACAAGCGGAUAGCUUGUGAUGAAGAAUUCUCCGAUUCUGAGGAUGAAGGGGAAGGAGGUCGUAGAAAUGUGGCCGAUCAUAAGAAAGGAGCGAAGAAAGCUAGGAUGGAAGAAGACAAAAAAGAGACGGAGGACAAGAAAGCAGAUGUUAAGGAGGAAGAUAAAGCAAAGGACAGCAGUGUUGAAAAGGCAGAUACCAAAGGAGCCAAGUCGGAACAGCUCAACAACCCUUGAAUUUGAAAGUCUCAUUUACUUCAAGAAACCAUUUAAAAAGUGAGAAAAUAUUGGGAGGAAAAUUGUUUUCUUUUUGAGGACUUCUGGCUCCAUUUUAUACUACUUUAGCAUGGACUGUAUUUAUUUUCAAAAUAGCUUUUUUUGUUUUUGUUCUUGGCAAGUUUUAUUGUGAAUUUUUCUAAUUAUGAAGCAGAAUUUCUUUUCCCCACCAUGCUCUAUGUGAUAGUAUUUAAAACUGAUGUGUUAUUAUGUCAACAUGAUCUAUUAAAGAAGUCAUUGGCCUUUCUGAGCUAAUUUUUCCAUCUUUUAUAAUUACCUUUAUUAAAAAAUUGUACUUGGA